GUUUCCCCGUCCCCUGUUCUCACCAAACUCACAAGGUCUCUCUCUCUUUCUUUCUCUCUCUAACACAUGAGAGAACAAAAUCAUCAGCUCACAAUCUCAGCCGUUGAUUAUAUCGCCACCGUCGUAGUAGAAGAUGGAGAACACUCAAGAUUUCUCGCCGCCCCACAUGGAUGCUUCUCGGCCGUCACUAGGAUUCCCUCUUGGCACAGCUCUGCUUCUUAUUAUCAUUUUCAGCCUCUCCGGAAUAUUCUCUUGUUGUUACCAUUGGGACAAACAUCGUUCUCUCCGCCGCUCUUUGGCCAAUGGUCGUCCCUCCUCCGCCUCCGCCGACAUCGAGUCUAAUCCUUACAAACCUAAACCUCCUUUUCCGGACAUGAAGAAACCUCAGAAUCUGAGCGUGCCGGUAUUAAUGCCUGGAGAUAAUACACCCAAAUUCAUAGCAUUGCCGUGUCCGUGUGCGCCACCUCGACCGGAAAAACCCACCGUAGAUGUCCAAACUCCGCCGCAAUCGCCACCUGUCAAGCCACCGCGUUUUCCUGUUCCUUUGUAUUAGAUUUAAUUAGCUAUAAGAUAACAAAAAAGGCGGAAAAAAUGUCGAAAUAUCUCGUUUUUAUGUACAUAUGGAUCAUAAAUUUUACAAUUUAAU